AUGCUGCCGGCUGAGGAGGCGGCAAAGAUCUACCACACCAACUAUGUGCGUAACGCGCGUGCGGUGGGCGUGCUGUGGACCGUGUUCACCAUCACGUUCGCCGUCAUGAUGGUGGUGGUGUUCAUUCAGCCGUACUGGAUCGGGGACAGUGUGAACACACCUCAGGCCGGAUACUUCGGCCUGUUCCACUACUGCAUCGGGAACGCCCUCACCUCCGAGCUCACGUGCAAAGGCAGCGCGCUGGACUUCGGCUCCAUCCCGUCUGGAGCCUUCAAGACCGCCAUGUUCUUUGUGGGCAUCUCCAUGCUGCUGGUGGUGGGCAGCAUCGUCUGCUUCAGCCUCUUCUUCUUCUGCAACGCGGGGAGCGUCUACAAGAUCUGUGCCUGGAUGCAGCUGGCCUCCAGCACAUGUAUGGUGAUCGGCUGCAUGAUCUACCCGGACGGCUGGGACUCGGAGCCGGUGAAGCGCAUGUGUGGCCAGCGGACCGACAAGUACACGUUGGGAAACUGCACGGUGCGCUGGGCCUACAUCCUGGCCAUCAUCUCCAUCAUGGACUCCCUCAUCCUGUCCUUUCUCGCCUUCAGCCUGGGCAACCGGCAGGACAAGCUGCUGCCCGAGGACUUCCAGGUAGAGGGGAAAGGUGAGAGGGCAGGGUGGGGAGAGGGGGGCUGA